AAAAAGGGAAUUAAUUUAAAAAUGCUGAAGUAAGCCAUACGUGAAUGAUGCUAUGAUGAAGGUUGGGUAAAAUUUCCAAGGAAAAAAGUGUUACAUUUUGCUUCCUUAAAAAAUACAGUAGACUAUGGGUCUUGUAGGAAUCCUUUGAAAAUAUUUGAGUUAUGUACAUAGUUCAAAGUUACCAAACGGGGAAUCCCCGACGAGGAGCUGUGCUGUAGUGAACAAGUGACGUCACAGUUUUCUUUGUUGACGGUUUUCCUUCGUGAAUUACUAGCUCUUAGCAGUUCAGCCAAUUUUCGAACCUACAAUCAACUCUAUACAUAUACAAAGGUAAUUUUUCUCUAAUUCGAUCGAUGGGUUGAACAAAUAUUAAUUUAUGUUUUUCUCUAUCGAGGUACUAUAAGAGCGAAUUUGAUACUAGAAGUACAUUUUACAUUUUUCUACUUCAUUUUACAGUUUUCUAUUUUAGGGAAACGAGCGAUGAACUUUCCUCCUGUAUAUUUGUCCAUAUCCUUCUUUAAGAGGGACACGAUGUUAAUCUCAAAAUUUUUUGCGAUUUUGGUAUUUCUUGCACUUUCAACAUUCAGUGCUGGUAGAGGUAUUAAAGGCCAGUGCCCAGAUUGCAUUGAGGAAGGAUAUAUCAAGAUCAUAGAUCCUAAAACUGGCAAGUGUGAAGGAUGCUGGCCUUGUCCCGAAUGUCAGGAGGGUGCAGGUUCCUCUGUUCAGUGUGGAUCAACUGUACCAAAGGGAACAGACAUUCACUGUGUUUCUUGCACCAUGGGCAUAAACUUCUCUAACAGCCUAAGUACUGAAAAGUGCAAACCUUGUGGAGUCUGUUCAGGGAAGCACAAGCAUGUCUCAGCUGAAUGUACCCCAUCUAGUGAUGUGCAAUGUGAAUGUGACAAUAGAUUUUAUCAAAACAAAACAACCCAUGAAUGUCAGUCAUGUGAUUCCUGUUGCUUCACAGAUGCUGAUGAUGACAUCAUUGAAAAAUGUCAGAAAGAUGCAGAAAUCAAAGAGGAUGAACAAUCCAUGUUCAGCCCCUCUACAGUCAUUGCAACAUCCUCAUCUUUAUUCAAAUCAGUCAAGAUCCAUACAGCUAUAACUCCUUUUCUUCAAAGCCUCACUAGUAUUUCAGUUCCUUCAAGGACCCAGCCAAUCCAAUCUUCAUCAACAAGUGUUUCAUCUGCAAAUCAAAAGCAUGAUGUGGUACCUACAGAAAGUGUGAUCAUUAUGCCUGUACACAAAACAGUACAUGAACAUGCUGAAAGCAUGAGGUGGAUCAAAGGAAUAGCAUACAUUCUGGGUGUUUUUAUUUUCAUCAUACUCUGUUGUUUUUUAAUCUACCUGUUUAAAAAGGUAAGGAAAAACAGACAAAGCAGAAGUGUACAAGUAGUCGAAUUUUCUCCUUUAAAUCAGAGUGAAGAAGACAGCCCUGAUACAAGAAGGAAGAUUAAUGGGCAGUGCACCCAUGGUACUGAUGGAUCAAGAAGAAAUUCAAAUACAGUUUACUGUAAUAAAGAUCAUGAGGUUGUAACAGGAGAUCAGUUUGAGAACAUGGCUGAGAAAGACUCAGUUCAGAAAGGAAUUCCAUCAUCCCUUGAUGAUAAACCCUCAAAUUCCACAGAUGAAGUUGCUAAUAUGCAAGGGGAAAACCAUAGAGCAGGCUGUAACUUAAUUCCACCUCUUCAACCUGAGAAGGAUAACCUUGGGUAUUCAACCUACAUAACAGAUGUACCUCUACCUAUCAUCGGUGAAAUGUGCAGGCUACUUGACAUUGAAAGAGUCACAGAUGAGAAUGAUUAUAGAAUGCUGGGAUAUGAACUUGGCCUUAAAUCAUCAGAGAUCACCUCAAUCAAACAAAAAAGUAACAACCCAUCGCGUGUGCUACUAAUGGAAAAGUUUGCAAGCAAGCCAAACUCUGGAACACUUAAUCACCUCAUAUCCUUAUUAACAAAACUUGAGCGACAUGAUGUGAUUCAGGUUAUAGAUGAAUGGGUGCAAAAUCAAACAUUGCCCACAAAUUAGAAAUUGGUCUGUAGAUGAUUGAAGUUCACUUAACCCUCUUAAACUCCCAGAAGUGAUUAACAUGAAAUUUCCUCCUGUCAUAUCCAUACAUUAUCCAGCAAACAGGUAAUGAGAAAAUUCAAACUCAUCAGGUAGAAGUUUUAUCUUCAUCUAACACCAAAUUUCUUGUUACUAAUUUACAAAGAAAUGUGUAGCAGCUAGGGAGAAGAAUGAACAAUCAGAACUUGGGAGUUAACCCUUUAACUCCCAAGAU